UUUCAGAUUGAUAAAUCAUGGCGGAUUACGAGCAUAACAGAAGAGGAGGCAGCGACGACGGAGGGCCGGAGGAGGAGGGAGGCAGAGUGAAAACUAAGCCUGUCUCUUGUAGCACUGUGGGAGGAGAGGGGACAGCAGUCAAACGCACAUCCCAGCAUCUCACACCUGAGGAUGAGGACGAGUCCUCAGCAGACCCACCAGCACCCCGCAAAGUCUCCAAAAUAGGCUUUAGCAUGAGCAGUCAGAUGGGGAAGAAGUCCAACCCCAUAUCUAUCAAACUUGGAGCAACAAAACCCAAAGAGCCUGCACCAUCAGUUCCACCAAAAAAGCCAGGGCUGGCAUCUGUUUUUAAUGAAGAUGAUGAUAGUGAACCUGAGGAGAUGCCUCCAGAAGCAAAAAUGAGGAUGAAGAACAUUGGCAGGGAGACGCCAACAUCUGCGGGACCAAAUUCCUUUAACAAGGGCAAGCAGGGUUUCUCUGAUCAUCAAAAACUUUGGGAGAGGAAGAUGAAAGCCCAAGCAGACAAACUGUAAAUCACUACCACAGUUUUUGUCACUCAUUGAUAAUUUCCUAUAGUUUAAACCUUGUGUCAAAGAUAUCUUAGAAGGCUCAAUUUAUUCUUCACUGCAACCUCUGUUUUGAUAACUUCUCAACUUUGGGGACAUUGAAGAAUACUUUAAGUCUUCGAUGAUACUCAGUGACUGAAAUCACAUUUACAUUUCUUACCACUACCGACCGAUGCUAACUGAGAGGUACCAGAGGUGUGAGGUGUGUAAACCCUCUGUGGUGAGAGGUGCAGAGAGGGCUGCUGGAGAUAUGGGACAAACAAAGUAGCCAGAAUAUUGUUUAAACUGCGUAAAGAGAAAAUCUGGCAUCUUAGAGCCCUCAUGCCCCCUUUUUGACAUGUUUGUUCCUAUCUGAAGCUGGUUGGGUUUGAUCCUGAGCAAGAUCUGAGUGUCGCUUGUCAAAUCUUUAUGUAAAAAAUGUACAUAGAAGUGUGAUGUUUUAUUUUUUAAUCGACAAAUUGGAGUGUGUGAGUGUUAUGUUACUGUGCAUGUGCGUGCGGCAUAGAUUAGACGUACAGAUGGAUUGUUUUGUUUCAUUUAGUUUCUCAACAUCAAUGUACAACCCUUUUGUUUUCACCAGCUGUGCCACCUCAUAGGUAAAUUGUUUUUGUUAGUUUUAGGUUUGUGCCAGUAUUUCUGGUUUGCUUUGUAUUUCUGUUUGCUUCUCUGAAACUGAAACAUGUGGCUGUGAUCUUUUGAAUGUUCACAAUGGAAGGAUUGCUAACGUGUUUUUAUUUGACACCUGUGUGAAGACAGCUGUCACAUAUAUACCAGGGUGCUGGUAACACUCAAAUAAUUUACAGGAGGUUAAAAAACAAGUUACACUUUUACAAACUCUUUUUAUCACCACUUUUACAUCAGAAAGCCCACAAUACAGAAAUAUCCCUUUCUGUCAGAUAAAUGUUGUACCCCAGUGAUUCCCCCUGUGCCUGACUGAAAGUCCCCUCGAUUCAAAAUAUAAACUGAGUUUCUGAGUUUCACAGUAAUAUCCACUGCUACGACCUGUUUUAUCAGACAACUCUCAAGUACAUAUUUCAAAGUCAGUCAAAUAAAGGUUUUGGGUAAUCUG